AACGAUCUCAGAGCGUCUACCUUGCAGUGUGCCACUAUGGAAAGUCCUCACGAGCAUCAGCAAGCCUUGCUGCUAUCUCGCAUCAUCGGCAACAUCGAAAAACUCAAUGAAUCAAUCAUGGUCAUGAAUCGCAGUCUCCAGGAAAUCAACAUCCAGAACAUGAACGUCGAGCUGGUAGCGCAGAUGUUUAAGAACUACCAGUCCAAUGUGCUCUUCCACCUGGAAGCGACGGACAACCUGAAGGAGCCAUCCUGAGCUUCUGCCAGCGUUCACCAUUGCACUUACGACGAUAUGAUAUUCUGUUUCAAUUGUUUUAAUGAAAUAUUUUUUUUUCCUUUAUUGGUGAAUUGAGACUUGUGCUAUCGAGUAAACCAUUUAAAACCCCGGGUAAUUUCCCUUGCUUGUUCUGUAUAAAAG